GAAAGAGUGAAGAGGACAACAGAGUAUAAAGCAGUUAUAGCUUUACAACCUUGUAUUUGUGAGACCAUUCAUGGAGCUUAUGAGUUCUCAACUUUUUUUCUUUUCUAAUUAAAUCUCUCAUUACCUUUUAAAUCUAUCCCCAAACUUGUUAACCAAAAAAAACAGAGAAGAAAUCUCCCAAAUCCUCUUUUUUUUUGUUUGUUCUACCGUUUCUCAUAUAUCUCUCUGUCUCCGAUCUUAUUUGGAUCGGACUAGUGUCAUUGGCAGUGAAGUUUCAUUGACUUUGGGGUUUUCGCUUUUGAUGCUGUGAGCUUAUUAUUAUUGUUAUUACGGAGUUGAUGGCGGCUACUGCGACGGAGGAUGGAGGAUUAAGCUUCACUGUGGCUUCAGUAAUGGAGGAUGUGUUGCAGCAACAUGGAAAUGGGCUUAGAGAUCAUGAUUUAGUGUCUCGUCGAGCUGAAGAAGCUGCAUCGAGGAGAUAUGAGGCGGCUAAUUGGCUGAGAAGGAUGGUUGGAGUUGUUGGAGCUAAGGAUUUGCCUGCAGAGCCAACAGAAGAAGGGCUUAGGCUUGGUUUAAGAAGUGGAAUUAUCCUUUGUAAAGUCCUCAAUAAGGUUCAACCUGGAGCUGUCUCAAAGGUUGUGGAAAGUCCUUGUGAUGCCAUUCUUGUUGCGGAUGGAGCUCCGUUAUCAGCAUUUCAGUAUUUUGAGAAUGUUAGGAACUUUCUUGUUGCUAUACAGGAAAUGGGGUUUCCAACAUUUGAGGCAUCUGAUCUCGAGCAAGGAGGAAAUGCUUCUCGAGUUGUGAAUUGUGUUUUGGCUAUCAAAUCAUAUGAUGAAUGGAAACAAAGUGGUGGAAUUGGAGUUUGGAAAUUUGGUGGCAACAUUAAGCCUCCUGCACUUGGGAAGUCAUCUUUUGUCAGAAAAAACUCAGAGCCAUUCAUGAACUCUUUAUCGAGAACCUCCUCGAUCAACAAUGAGAAAGCUCCCUCUGAGAAUGAUUCUAACAAGCUGUCCAGUCCCAGUUCCUUGAGCACACUUGUUCGCGCUGUUCUAUCAGAUAAAAAGCCUGAGGAUGUGCCCAAACUGAUUGAAUCUCUGCUGAGUAAAGUAGUCGAAGAGUUUGAAAAUCGAGUUACAAAUCAGUAUGAGUUGGUUAGAGCAGCUCCAAGAGAAUCAACUUCGUCACAGAACAACAGAUCAUUUCUUAAACCUCUUGGUGAAAGAGAGAGGGAAGAGAAGAGUUUCAAAGCAAUAAAGAAAGAUGAUCACAAUAGUCAGAUUCUUGACGAAAAGAUGAAAACUCGCCAAUUUAAACAACUGACAAUCUUCAACCAACAACAAGAAGAUAUAGAAGGACUAAGACAGACGCUCUACACAACAAGGGCUGGUAUGCAAUUUAUGCAGAAGAAAUUUCAAGAAGAGUUCUCUUCUCUUGGUAUGCACGUUCAUGGCCUUGCUCAUGCUGCUUCUGGCUAUCACCGAGUUCUUGAAGAAAACCGAAAACUUUAUAAUCAAGUGCAGGAUCUCAAGGGUAGCAUCCGUGUUUAUUGUCGGGUGCGGCCAUUUUUGCCUGGACAAUCCAGCUUUUCUAGUACAAUUGGGAACAUGGAGGAUGAUACCAUAGGGAUCAAUACUGCAUCUAGACAUGGAAAAUCACUCAAAUCCUUCACUUUCAACAAAGUCUUUGGCCCAUCUGCAACUCAAGAAGAGGUAUUUUCUGAUAUGCAGCCAUUGAUCCGUUCUGUUCUUGAUGGAUACAAUGUCUGCAUAUUUGCAUAUGGUCAAACUGGAUCAGGAAAAACAUUCACAAUGAGUGGACCAAGAGAUCUAACGGAGAAGAGCCAGGGAGUUAAUUACAGAGCACUUGGUGAUCUGUUUCUUCUUGCUGAACAAAGAAAAGACACAUUCCGCUACGAUAUUGCAGUUCAGAUGAUUGAGAUUUACAAUGAGCAAGUUAGAGACCUUUUGGUUACUGAUGGAAGCAAUAAAAGGUUAGAGAUCAGGAAUAGCUCUCAAAAGGGUCUAAGUGUACCGGAUGCAAGUCUUGUUCCAGUCUCUUCAACAUUUGAUGUUAUUGAUCUAAUGAAAACUGGGCACAAGAAUCGAGCCGUUGGAUCAACAGCCUUGAAUGAUCGAAGCAGUCGUUCUCAUAGCUGCUUGACUGUUCAUGUUCAAGGAAGAGACUUGACUUCAGGAGCUGUGCUUCGAGGAUGCAUGCAUCUUGUGGAUCUAGCAGGCAGUGAGAGGGUAGACAAAUCCGAGGUUACUGGAGACAGACUAAAAGAAGCACAGCACAUCAAUAGAUCGCUCUCUGCUUUAGGAGAUGUGAUUGCUUCGCUAGCUCACAAGAACCCACAUGUUCCUUACAGAAACAGCAAACUCACACAACUCCUUCAGGACUCUCUUGGAGGACAAGCAAAGACAUUGAUGUUUGUCCACAUUAGUCCUGAGGCAGAUGCAGUUGGGGAAACAAUAAGCACUUUGAAGUUUGCAGAGAGAGUAGCUACGGUUGAGCUUGGGGCUGCACGAGUGAACAAUGAUACUUCAGAUGUUAAGGAACUCAAAGAACAGAUUGCUACUCUUAAAGCAGCACUCGCGAGAAAAGAAGCAGAGUCACAGCAGAACAACAUCUUGAAAACUCCUGGUGGCUCUGAGAAACACAAAGCCAAAACUGGUGAAGUAGAGAUUCAUAACAAUAACAUCAUGACAAAGAAAUCUGAGAGUUGUGAAGUGGAGGAGAUUACAGUGAACUCACCACCUUGGCCACCAGUAGCAAGUCCAGGACAAGCCUACAGAGAGGAUGACCGAAGUUUCGGGUCCAGCGAGUGGGUUGACAAGGUGAUGGUGAAUAACAGACAAGACGAGAUGAGAAGAGUGGAGAGUCUUUGGGGAGGAGCCACAACAGAGAAUGGUAUUGGUAUUCUGCCGGAAGAUUUUUACAGGAGAGAUUUGGCUUCAGACACUUCAAGAAUAUUCUCUGAACAUUCUUACAACAUCUUCAUGGGAAACAACAACAGCACAGACGAUCUAGAUGCAGCCACAAGUGACUCAUCUGAGCCAGAUUUGCUCUGGCAAUUCAACCAGUCCACCAAGAUACCUACAAGAAGCAAUAUUGAGUCAAAACUCAAGAAACCCGUCUCAAAACCUAUAAGAAGUCCUCAAUCCAGGUAAGUGUCCUUUACUCGGUCAAAAACUAAAUGAAACAACAAUAUAGAAAAUCUUUAACAGUUUCUUUUGAAUGGUUCCAAAAAAAAUGCAGGAACAACUCAAACAACACGGUUUCACGUCCUUUGGCUUCACAGAAGGUAGGGAAUGGUCCUCGUGGCAUGAAACAGUUCGGUCCUGCUGAUAUGAAGCGGAAAGCUACUAACGCCAGACAUUGAAGGCCACUCACUCACACGGAUACAUACAUACACACUCACAUGGCUUCUUAUUGGUUUUGAUUUGUUUAUUUUUCAUCCAUUGGUUUUUAUUGUUUCUUCUUCUCUCGUUUGGUUGUGCGAGCUUUUAUAUACAUAACACAGACAAAGACAAUAGCUAGACAAUGCAACAACAGUUUCUUCUUGUUGCUCUCUUUCUUGGGUUUUGUUUUACUUUUCUGUUCUAUGUAUAUUCUUCCACUAGCUGAACAUAAAAAAUAUGAAAGAUUUGUUUGUUAACUAUUUGCUUGAGAGUUUUUUUAGUAUAUUC